AUGGAGCUGCAGGAUGAUCUCGACCUGUUCUGGAUUGCUAAAGAGGGUCUCAAAGCACCCCUGCCAGAGAAUUGGAAGCCAUGCAAGACCGUGGACACUGACGAGAUUUACUACUUCAAUUUCGCCACGGGUGGGGCACUGUCGUCUUCCAACCACUCAAUGUGUAGAUUGUGGUAG